AUGGCGUAUGCAGCGAUGAAACCAACAAAGCCAGGGCUAGAAGAGCCUCAAGAACAGAUUCACAAGAUUAGGAUUACCCUUUCCUCCAAGAAUGUUAAGAAUCUUGAAAAAGUGUGUGCUGAUUUGGUUCGUGGUGCAAAGGACAAGAAGUUGAGAGUUAAGGGACCAGUUAGAAUGCCCACCAAGGUUCUUAAUAUCACAACCAGGAAAUCUCCUUGUGGUGAAGGAACAAACACAUGGGACAGAUUUGAGCUUCGUGUUCACAAGCGGGUGAUUGAUCUUUUCAGUUCACCAGAUGUUGUGAAGCAAAUCACCUCCAUCACCAUUGAACCUGGUGUUGAGGUUGAGGUCACCAUUGCUGAUUCUUAGAUUUCCAACUGUUGUUUGCCCCCAUACAUUUACUAUGUUCUAUCUUGGGUAAGAUUUCAUAUAGGUUAAAUACAUUUUGUAUUUUUGCAAGUGUUUCAAGUGAAGAAAUUGAGAGUCGUGUUUAUUUUUAAACUAUUGUAUUAUCAUCAACUUAGUGCAUUUCAAAGUUCAUGCCUAGUUUAGUAUUUUCGAUCGGUGUGUAGUAACUUCAUGUGAGAUUUUAAUUUCGAUUCCUAAAACCAUUUUGAAUAUGUAGAAGG